AAGGGCAGACGCCGCUCAUGGUCGCUUGCUUGGCCGCUGCGGACGCUGUGAUCAACCUGCUGCUGGACCACCCGCGUCUCAAUGUCAGCGUGUCUGGCAAUGAGCACUCUGGUCCGCUGCAGUUCGUAGUGCAUUGGACUGCAAACAAAGUCGCCAUGCGGCUGGUGCAGCACCCGACCACCGUCGUCGACGGUCGAGACGAGGCAGGCUUUUCAGCGUGGCUCCGGGCCGUCAAUGACCAGAACAUACCACUUCUCAAAGCCCUCGCUGCCGGUGUCGACGUCAACUUGGCGCUGGUGGUGCCCGACCGAGCGUACGACUUCGAUCCUAUGUUGGCGUGGAUGCAGACGAUACAUCCCGACUCGUUCGAGGCCGACGACCUCCGCUACAUGAACCCCAAGAUCCAGUGGGUAGCCUCCACGAACCGUCACGAGUGCACCGAUGCGACCGUCGCCAGCUGCAAGGGAGGCAAGACUGCGCUCAUGGUCGCGUGUCUCUACAGCAACGAAGCGAUGGUCGAGUGUCUGCUGUCGCAGCCCACGAUCGACCUCAACGCGGUCGACGAUGUACGAUAUCGUCAUCUGUUUCCAUGUUGA